AAUGAAACAUCUUUGUCACCCAAGCACUAAAGACCCCUUUUAACUUUUACUAGGCUCUGUAACCUAUUCUAUCUUGAUUCCUUGUUCUCCAAAAAUUGAAGCAUCUUAAAAGUUGGGCUUGCUCUAUCAGCACAGCAGAAGCUGUUCUUGGAUCCUUUUCAGAUCAUUUUCGUUCUCCAUCUUUCUUUCCCUUGCCCAUUUCAAGAUGGGAUUGAACUUGUUACCUCACUUUCCUAUAUGAGUAUCUUUGCUGAUUUUAGUCACAGAACAAAGAUAUGGCUCUUGCUUCACGGCCUAAAAAGGAGAUACAAAGAAUUGGAAUCAAGAAGUCAAAGAACAUGCUAUAUUCUGGAACUAGCCUGGCCUCUGUUGAAUCCUUAACCGUGCCUCUUGUUCAGGUAGUUGUUCUUUCAGCAGAUAUUCGAUGUGCAGAAUGUCAAAGGAGAGUAGCUGACAUAAUGUCAAGAAUGAAUGAGGUAGAGACACACAUGACUGAGAAGCAGCAAUGCAGGAUAAGCGCACGUGGAAGAUUUAGACCAUCUGAUGUGGCGACAAAGCGAAGGAAAAAGAUGAACCACAGCGUUGAAAUACUGGACACUCCGGACUCGGACUUCGGCAGCAGCAAAGAACAGGAAGACCCGACGCCAGUGGUGGCUGGCCAACAUGCACUCCCACUUCUUAUCCUCUUAUGAUGUUGUCGUACAAAAUUCCUCGUGCCAUUAUAGUACGCGUGAUCAAACCAUUCCUCAUGAAAUUUGGCAGAUGCAACUGAAAUAGGAAGGAAACUAAAAAUUCAAGCAGGCAUAUGGACAAUUGAAGUAAAAUGUGAAUGAUUGGUGUAGAGAUGUACAAAUGCAAUUCAAUAUUUAUGUACUUAGGAACAACAUAGGUAGUAGGAAAAAAAAAUCCACAAAUAUGAGUUCUGCAAAACACUUCAUUUGUAGUUUGUAAAUGAUAGAAAUUUAAUUAACAAAACUAGAGGAUGCGGGCAAAGCAUUUU